CUGCCGGCUAUUCUUGUACCUCGAGGUGAAUUUUAUGAUGCUAGCAGUAACAGCAGUUUAUCAAAUACCGGUGAUCUUUCAAGAGCACUACGAACAGUUUGCCCGUCAAUGGACACCGAUGAGAUAGUUACAGCGCUUCUUUUGUGGUCCUUUCUAGCGGUUGCUGCCGGUGGAAGGCAUGGGUUGGGGCUUUCUAAAGCAGCAUUGGACUGUGAUGAUUUUGAUGAAUGUUCAUCAUUAUUGCAGACUGUGACGCAGAGUGUGCCAAAUCGUACUCUGAGCAAUGGUGGUCCGUUAGGAUGGCAUCAGAAUGGCUCAAAUUCACCAACUCUGUCUUCGCCGAAUAUGAACAGCCCUGAAGGAACUAACGGAAUAAAUACUGUCGUGCCGUCACCUGUCAGCGUUGUCGGAAAUCCUUUUCUGGCUAAAACUGAGAGUGAGCGACUGAUUGCUACGAUGAUUGCAGUGAACAUGAUCGCGGUUGAGUACAUCGAACCGCCUUUCUGGUGCUCCGUUUCAUAUUAUGAGUUAUCACAGCGAGUCGGUGAAACUUUCCAUGCAUCGCAACCCUCCUUAAUUGUUGAUGGAUACACCGCACCAUCGGACGCAGAGCGCUUUUGCCUGGGACAACUGUCUAAUGUUAAUCGCUUAUCGGAUGUUGUGGAAGCUAGAAGACAUAUUGGUCGCGGCGCUCGUUUUUAUUACAUCGGCGGCGAAGUCUUUUGUGAAUGUCUCAGUGAUUCGUCAAUAUUUGUACAAAGCCCGAACUGCAAUCAGCGACACGGUUGGCAUCCUGCUACAGUCUGUAAGAUCCCACCAAAUUGCAAUUUGAAGAUCUUUAACAAUGCGGAAUUUGCUGCUUUGUUGGCUGCAUCAGUGCCUCAGGGGUUUGAAGCAGUUUAUGCUCUUACACGGAUGUGUACAAUUCGCGUUUCAUUUGUGAAAGGUUGGGGUGCGGAAUAUCGGCGACAAACGAUUACUGCCACGCCGUGCUGGAUUGAAGCUUAUCUUAAUGGUCCGCUGCAGUGGCUUGACAGCGUUCUGAAACAGAUGGGUAGUCCACCGAAUCGAUGUACAAGUUUUACUUGAGU